AUGCAUAUUGACAAUUACCACUGGUUGAGGGUCAAUGGAGCAUUCGCUCAGCUAUUCACGGGUUCAAACAAAUGCUCUCGCUGCCAUCAGGGGCAUUCUGACGUUACCAGUGGUCUUGUCUUUGCUUGGAUUAGUGACAAAACAAAAAAUGGUGGGAUCGCCGUCAUGGUCGCUAUCACGGCGUAUCUGAUUGCGAUCAUUGUGUUGAGGGGAGUGCAACGGUAUGCUAGUAACUGGUGCAAGCUUCGAAUACGGACUGCCGUGACUGGAUUCGCUGUGGGCUAUUACCCAAUCCAUAAUGCCUGGAUAGAAAUCAAGUGUCGAACGCCGGAAGAGCGGAGAAUAUCUUUA